UGUUGUCAACCAGGGACAGCGGGACCCCACCAGUCGCGAGAGAAGCAAAGGAAGCAAGAUCAAUAGGCGCUCCUGUGGGACACACUAUUUCGCUCUCUCUCUGGACGCUGGCUGCCCGAGCCCCCGUUCUUCGAACACUUUUCGAUCCUCGAGCGCGCAAGGAAACAGUUGCAAAUCCUGAUUAGAGAGUUUCUCGCUCAUUGGAAAACCUAAAUUUGGGAGGGGGAAACCAUGACAACGACAGAGACCGGAGACUGAGAGCGGAAUCGCAGUCAACAGACUGUAAAAGACUGCUACGAGAAAAGAAGCCUUUUGUUUUAACGAGAACUGUUUUAAAGUCCUGAGUUUUUACUCUGUGAAGUAUGAAAUCUUUAAAGGCGCUUGCGGGUCAGAAUAUCCUCAGAGUUCUAUGGGGACUCAUGGCCGUGGCCUCAAGCGUUCAGGGCGCGCGAGUCGUCAGUGGUCAGACAUUGUGUGAGAGAGGGGCGGAGCAUCCGUGCUAUAAGAUUGCGUACUUCCAGGACGUGGCGGGCCGCGUCGCUUUCGAUGAGGCCAGGCACGCCUGCGAGAUGGACGGAGGGUCGCUGCUGAGCGUGGAGACCGCUGCGGAGCAGAGACACAUAGAGUACCUGCUACAGGAGCUACAGGCGUCUUCAACAGGGACCGGAAAAGGGAGUAGAGGAAUUGCAGACGGUGAUUUCUGGAUUGGGCUGAGCAGAACAGGUGAUGACAAUGUCCCGGAACAGAAUGGCUUCACCUCCUGUCCGGACCUCUAUCACUGGACAGACGGCAGUGUGUCCCAGUUCAGGAACUGGUAUUUCGACGAGCCCUCGUGUGGAGGGGAGGCCUGCGUAGUGAUGUACCAUCAGCCCACGGCUCUCCACGGGCUGGGCGGGGCCUACAUGUACCAGUGGAACGACGACAGGUGCAACAUGAAGCACAACUUCAUCUGCAAGUUUGAACCAGAGAGCCAUCUUGCGAAGGAGCAGGGGGACAGGCCUGGACCUCGUGAGCCAGAUGUGCCUGGGGUGCAGACAGAAGUGGUGAUGCAACCUGGAUCCAGUGAAGAGGAAACCCCACGCGUAGUUAUAGCCGGGCCCUCAGGGAUGUUGCUGGUCUACGUGAUUAUACCCACAAUCCCUCUGCUACUGCUCAUCCUGGUGGCUUCUGGGACUUGCUGUUUUCAGAUGUUCAGUAAAAGUAAACCACGGACGAAAACCAGCGUGAACCAAUCAACUCUCUGGAUCUCUAACACCCCCAAGAUGGACAGCAUGGACGUAUGAAGCGCAGGAGGCAUCGGCACAGAGAUCAGCAGACAGAACAAAUUAUGUUUACGAACUGACAGAAUGGUCACUCUUCUCCUGAAACUGCCUGUAACUUCCCACUUCAACCAAUGAUCUGCUCUGUAACUACCCAUUUCAACCAAUGAUCUGCUCUGUAACUACCCAUUUCAACCAAUGAUCUGCUCUGUAACUACCCACUUCAACCAAUGAUCUGCUCUGUAACUACCCACUUCAACCAAUGAUCUGCUCUGUAACUACCCACUUCAACCAAUGAUCUGCUCUGUAACUACCCACUUCAAACAAUGAUCUGCUCUGUAACUACCCACUUCAACCAAUGAUCUGCUCUUCCUUUUCUCAUUUCCAUGAUUGAGUUUGUCUUUACACUCCAUGGUAUUCCCUUGCAAUCACAAGUUGUGUCAAUACCUGUCUGAUAUCAAGGUACUGCUUUGCCUUUCCCCCAUCGCUGCUGUUCCCGGGGAGUUUCCACUGGGAUCCUGACGUGAUGAAAUUAUGUUGCGCGUGCACUAUAUGCUAUAGUGUGCGUGUGUGUUUGCCUGUGAGUGAGUGUACUAAUGGGUGAGUAAUGCGUGUAUGUGUGUGUUCAUUUAAUUGGACCCAAACAGAGGAAGUAAUUAAGUUGUGCGAGUGGGGAACCUGAUAAAAUGAGGAACUGAAGCAUCCCCUGUGACGAGGAACAGGGUCAGAACCACUUAAUACAUCACAGAUUUUUCGGUAUUGCUCCCUCACUGGUAGGAACAA